CUGGUUUGGCGCUAGGUUCAAAAUCCCUGAGAAGAUAAUUGAAUACAUAAACUAAAAUCUUCAGAUGAGAUCAAACUGUUGAGAUAUAAGAUUGUUAUUUUAAAUUUGUUUUAGAGAACCAUAAAAAAGUUCAUUAUGUGGAAAUGGUUGAUUUUGGUGUUUUUUCAACUUUCAGUUUUUGAUUGUGCUGUUAAAAAUAACAAUAAUAGAUUAGUUGCUAACCGUAAUUUAGGUGACAAUGGUUCAACCUGUAAAGCCAAAUAUUGGACACUUGUAAAAUAUUUUGAUGGUUUCCCAAAGAAUACAGAUAUGACAAUUCGGGAAGAAAAUUUGCCACCACUAAAAAAUGGAGAAUUUUUAGCAAAAGCAGUUUUCUUAAGCGUGGACCCGUACCAGAGAGUAGUUGGAUCUUUUCCAGAUCAAGUAAAACUGGGAGAACCAUUUUUGGGACAGCAAAUAGCACAAAUAGUUGAGACGAAAAAUCCAAAAUAUCCCGUUGGGAAAUAUAUCCGUGCUGCAUUUGGAUGGCGAAGUCUAACCAUAUCAAAUGGAAAAUUAUCAGAUCAGGAUUUGGCUGUCCUACCAGAUUACGGAAACUUACCAGUGUCACUAGGAUUGGGAGUAUUAGGAAUGACCGGUAUGACUGCUUACUUUGGUUUACUGGAAAUCUGCAAACCUAAAACUGGAGAAACUAUAGUAGUAUCUGGAGCAGCUGGUGCAGUUGGUAACUUGGUUGGUCAAAUCGCUAAAAUUAAAGGAUUAACCGUGAUAGGAAUAGCAGGAUCAGAUGAAAAAGGAAAGUGGCUGAAAGAAGAACUGGGUUUUGAUCAUUUUAUUAAUUACAAAAAAGAUAAUAUCGAUGAAAAGUUGAAGAAGGUGGCACCUCAAGGAGUUGAUUGUUAUUUUGAUAACGUUGGGGGAGAAAUAAGCUCAUCCGUUUUGUACCAGAUGAACGAUUUUGGUCGGGUCACUGUUUGUGGAUCAAUAUCAGCAUAUAACUCACCUGUUAAACCAAAAGUUACCAUUGUUCAACCAGCAAUUCUUUUCAAGCAGCUGAAAGUGGAAGGAUUUGAUAACACCAGAUGGGCAAAUAGAUUCCCAGAAGCAGUUAAACAAUAUUUACAAUGGAUACGCGAAGGCAAAAUUAAAUACCAGGAAACUGUUACUGUUGGUUUCGAAAAUACAUUCAAAGCAUUUAUGGGAAUGCUUAAGGGUGAAAACCGAGGAAAAGCUGUAGUUAAAGUAUAAUAAUAAACUGUAAAACGUUCUACUACAAACUAGUGUCAUUUAAACUUGAACAGUUUACAUUUUAGAAACCAUCAUAAGUAAUAAUUCACUAUACAUGGAAUUUUGGAGUACUCUAGUUAAAAAUAUAAAAUAAUGUUGUUAACAGUUUGUAUUUGUUAUGUAUAAAAAAUAAAAAUAAAAUGUAUGGUUUCUUGUAAA